ACGUUCGUUCCAUAAGUCCCGCGUUGUGCAUCGCAAGGAUAUUGUUUUCGUGGUGGCGGAUUUAGCAUUUCGUCUUCGUGCUCUUCCCAGGAUCCCGCACACAGCUCGCACAUCACCGAUCGAUCAGUUGGAUAAUUACGGCCAACGGCCAGGAACAGUAUCAGUCCUUCACCGUCCCACAACUUCAUGCACCAGCAUGAGUGACUAUUCAGCGGUUGCUCCGCCUCAAACCUUUAAUCAAAGCACCGCGUUCGCGGCGGCACUGCAACGUGCCAAACAGAUUGCCGCAAAAAUAAAUCCAGCUGGUGCACAAAAUAAUCAAGAUUCCAAGUUAAAGCGACCUCUUGAAGAUAGUUCAGAGCCAGAAGCAAAGAAAAUGGCAGCGUUAGUGGCGGAUCCUUUAAUAGGUAUUCGUGGAGGACCUGGAGGUAACAAUUCCAUUGGAGAUUCAGGUAGCCAAUCGUCUAGGCCACAAACGUCUUCUUCCAAUAUAGGUGGUAUAUGCAAUGAAGAUAUUAGAGUUCCAGACAAAAUGGUUGGUUUGAUAAUUGGAAGAGGUGGUGAACAGAUCACGAGAUUGCAGAGCGAAACAGGAUGUAAAAUACAAAUGGCACCAGAAAGUGGUGGGCUGCCUGAACGCGUUUGUACACUAACUGGUUCACGAGAAGCUGUCAACCGAGCUAAAGAAUUGGUCUUGUCAAUUGUGAAUCAAAGAAGCAGAAGCGAGGGAAUCGGUGACAUGAAUAUGGGUGGUGGCGGUGGCGGAAUGAUGGGUCAUCCAGGAUUUGUUGAGAUAAUGAUACCAGGCCCUAAAGUUGGUUUGAUAAUCGGCAAAGGCGGGGAAACCAUAAAACAGCUGCAAGAGAAGUCUGGUGCUAAAAUGGUUGUUAUACAGGAGGGGCCGUCUCAGGAACAAGAGAAACCAUUGAGAAUAACAGGGGAUCCUCAAAAAGUUGAGCAUGCAAAGCAAUUAGUGUAUGAAUUAAUAGCUGAAAAAGAGAUGCAAAUGUUUCAUAGAGGAGGAAGGGGUACCGAUAGAGCAGGAAAUUAUUCCAAUGAUAAUGGUUUUAACCAUGGACCUGCAAAUAACGAUGGAGUGGAGGUACUUGUUCCAAGAGCUGCAGUGGGUGUUGUUAUUGGUAAAGGUGGAGAUAUGAUAAAAAAGAUACAAGCGGAAAGUGGAGCCAAGGUUCAGUUCCAACAAGGACGGGAAGAUGGCCCUGGCGAUCGAAAAUGUUUGCUAUCUGGAAAGCAUCAAGCAGUCGAACAGGCUCGUCAACGAAUUCAAGAGCUGAUUGAUAGCGUUAUGAGAAGAGACGAUGGUAGAAGUAACAUGGGAGGCAGGGGUGGUCCAAGAGGUAACGGUUUUGGCGGUAGUCGUAAUCCAAACGAAUAUGGUAGUUGGGAUAGACGACAAGGCGGCCCUAUGCAAGAUAAAAUCGAAACAACGUUCACUGUUCCAUCUUCCAAAUGCGGCAUUAUAAUUGGCAAAGGUGGUGAGACUAUUAAACAAAUAAACCAACAAACGGGAGCACAUUGUGAGUUAGACAGAAGAAACCAGAGUAACGAAAACGAGAAGAUUUUUAUUAUCCGGGGAAAUCCCGAGCAAGUCGAACAUGCGAAGAGAAUAUUUAGUGAGAAACUGGGCAUGGGUCCUGCCGGUUCUUCGUAUACCGGGGCACAAGGUGCAAUCGGAUAUAAUCCAAAUUGGAAUACGGGUACUGGGGGAUAUCAAGCGUGGCCGAAUCAACCACAAUCCAACGACGGAGGUAAUGCUAAUCAAGCUCCUGUACAAGUCAAUCCACAAACUGGUCAGCCAGAUUACAGUGCUCAAUGGGCAGAAUAUUAUCGAUCAUUGGGUAUGCACAGAGAAGCGGACAUGAUCGAACAGCAGGCGAAACAAGGGAAACAGGAUCAUAAUCCACAAGGAGGCAAUUCACAAAAUCAGUCUAAUCCGGCGCCGGGAGGUGCUGCUGGACCAAAUCAGCAGCAGCAGCAGCAGCAGCAGCCGAGUCAACAGCAACAGCAAGCAGGUGCCGCACAAAAUGGAGGUCAAGCUGAUUACAGCGUCCAGUGGGCGGAAUAUUACAGAAGUAUCGGCAAAAUAAAGGAAGCGGAAGCAAUAGAAGCCCAAAUGAAGGCGGGCAAGCUUGGGAUGCAAGGGAACCAAAUGGCCCAACAGCAAAUGCAGACUCUACAGGGUCAGUCUGGUGGUCCACCGGGUACAACGCCUAAUGCGUUCCCUCAAGCUUAUGGAAAUUACCCGGCGAUGAAUGCCGGCUCCGCUCCAGCGGGCUAUUAUGCGGCGAACGCUGGAUCUAAUUCUCAGCCGCAGACAGGGCAGCAGAACCCGUCUUUCCCGACAGGCUAUCAGAAUUAUCCUUACUCACAGUCGACUUCUGAAAAUUAAACUUCCAUAUGAGAGAAAGGCAAGCUAUAGUUUUCAGAUAGCUUUCCAUCGGGACGCGGUUAAUGCCUGCUAUAUCUCCAUAUAACUUUUAUCAUAAAUUACUAUAGUUGAUGCUUCAUAAUCUUCAUAAUCUUUGAAAAUAUUAUGAAGACCGAUUAUAUUUUGUUUAUAAUAUAAUACAUUUUAUGUUUUUUUUUCUUUUUUUACAUAUAUACAUAUAUAGAGGUAUUAUAUAUAAUAUAGAAUAUUAAUCUCGUUCUAAGUUUAAGUAACAAGAAAUAUCGAGACACUAUUUGAUUGAAAUUAAUAUUAUAAUAUAGUAUGAAUAUGAUAUAUGUCUGUGUUCUACUUAUACAAUUGUAUGUAUUUUUGUUCCAUAACAUGUAAUUGUAAUAUAAGUUGAAGCUGUGGCAGGUGAAGCAGCGGGUCAGAAAGAGGAACGAGGGAUCGACAUCUGUACUCAUUUUAUUGCAUCCUCUCUCAUUAAACUUAUUAAACUAUAUCCUUAUA